UGUUGAUUAAGCAUUUGUACUCUUACUCAUACCUGAGGUCGGUGGCUUGCCACAUGGUGUUCCAGAUACAUCAUUAUUCCUCAGUUCCAAUAUUCCUGUCCUAUAUUCAAUGCUAUAUCAUGUGCUUUGCAAAGGUGAGGGCUGUUGCUGCUAAAUCUAUCAAACAUAAUCGUGAAAUGCUCACUCGUGCGCCGGAGUCGUACCAAAUUGAACUGCAUGCCCAAGGGUUGACCGAAGAAGACAAAGAAAAAGGGAAGAUAGGCCAAUAGACAGUAGAUCAUUCAUCAAGAAGCAUCCGUGUUUGCAGUCGAGCACUUGGACAAUUCGGCGACGAAAGACUUGCCCCAGAAUGCACUACAUCAGUGUGAAACCACAGUUAGUAAUCU